AUGGCCGCAGCCCCCCAGGCACCAGGGAGGGGCUCUGUGCGGAAGACCAGACCUUUACCUGUGAAGACAUCAUUGAACAACCCGUAUACCAUCCGCUGGGGUGCCCUGGACAGGGAGGAUAUGCACUUCAUACUACAGACCCUGGAGGACAGGAUUAAAUCUCUCGGGCUUCAGAAGACUGAGGACAGGAAGAGAAAAAGAAAGCAGCCCGCUUUGAAAACACAAAGCGGAGACACGUGCAGCAUGGAUGUGGACACUGGUGAGGGUCUGAAGGAGGAAAAGCCAGAAGGUGAGCCCCAGGCAUCAGGGUGGACCCCUGCCGACGUCAGAAAGCAGCUUGCCAUCGGCAUCAACGAGGUCACCAGAGCCUUGGAGAGGAACGAGCUGCUCUUGGUCUUGGCGUGCAAGUCGGCCAAGCCGGCCAUCGUCACCGCGCACCUGGUGCCGCUGAGCGCCAGCAGAGGUGUCCCUGCCUGCCAGGUGCCCCGGCUCAGCGAGAGGCUCGCACCUGCCAUGGGCUUGACGUGCGUCCUGGCCUUGGGGUUCAAAAGAAACACCGCUGCCUUUGCGGAGGAAGUGAGGGCCAUCAUCCCCAGAGUCCCCCGUCUGGACGUGCCGUGGCUCCGAGACCCACUUGAAGACCCCGGGGAGAACCCGGAGAUGGAAUCUUUGGAAAGCCAAGACAAAGAGAUUUUGGACACUUCCUUCGAAGACCUCUCUAAAUCCAAGAGAAAGCUUGCUGAGGGUCAGCAGGCUGCAGUGUUACAACCCCUGAAAAUAAAGAAAGUGAUUCCAAACCCCAAUAAGAUAAGGAAACCACCCAAAAGUAAAAAAACGGCUUCAAAGUAA